GAAGCACGGGAACGACGAACUGACGAAGCGACGAAAGACUGUAGGAGGGCGACAAAGGCAAGUGACUGACUGACGACAGCCAUCACCCAUCGCCAUCGCCAUCCCGCCACUGGCGCUCCGCCUCCACGAAUCCAGUCUGUCCAUCGCUCCACGAUUCGCCUGGCUGACUGACGACCGCCAUCACCCAUCGCCAGCUCCAUCCCGCCACUGGAACACCGCGCUCCGCCUCCACGAAUCUAUUCUGUCCACCGCUCCACGACCGCAGGUCCGCAACUGCGCAGUAUUGACAGUAAACUCAGGUCUCCAUUUUCUCAGGACCGGCCCCCCCUGGCAUACUGGUGCCGCAGCGCUAUUUUUCUCGAGCUUCGGCUUGUCAGUGAUCUCAUAUCUGAGUACAACUUAUGCUCCAUGAACAUACAGAUCUUAGUAACAUCAGAAUCUCAUUUUCUUAUUCGGGUGCUGAAUGGCACCUUCCAAAUCAUAGACUCUAUCAGAGACCAAAUUGGCCUGGUGGUUGCUGGUUUUUACUGCUCCCAUCCUAACUCGGAGUUAAUCAAUACAAGGUGGAAUGAUGCAAAACCCUAUCCCUAGUGAACUAAAAACAAAAGAUUGCUUCUCCCAGAGGAAUGAAUUGCCUCCAAAUCAAGAUGGAGAUGCGGGUGCAGCAUUCAAUGUUUUAGAUUCAACAUUGAAGGAUAUAUUGGACCGACUGCAGAGCAUGAGAAAGCUCUGCCCCAUUCUUUUUCCACAUGUCACACAGCAUAGAUGAUUUCAGGGAAGUCAUUUGUUAUAUAUUUAUUCAUUAUGUUUGUUAUAUGUGAUCUAUUUCUUUACAUUUUAUGGUUCCUUCCAUGUUUUUUCUCAAUCUUAAUUGCAUUCCUUUUCGAUGGUUAAACAUACUCCAUAAAACUUAAGAGUGUGGUACUGUGGUCAUGCUUAAUGAGAAUAUAUUCCAUUUUUGGUCCCACAAAUAUUAGGUUAAUAUCACUUUUGGUCAUUGACCUUAAAUUUUUUCUACUGUUGUCGCACGAUUCUGAAAUCCCUGUGGGCAGAUCUUUGACUAAUCUAGUCUGAUAAACUAAUUACAACCUUCAUGGAAGAUAUUGAACCCUCUAACUAGCUCUGGAUAUUGAUUUCAUCAUAUUUGUGCAGGGAAAGAAAAUCGUGGACUUGCAUUGGCUUUGAUAACAUACACAAGUUGCAUUGUGAUGAACUUGUUAUUAGAACAUUAUGUACAGAGGGCAAACUGGUCACUGCUUUUUCUCUAUGGAGCCAGAUGAUACAUAAAUUCAGCAUUCCGAGUAUAUAUACAUACAACUAUCUUAUUAGUGGACUUUGUAAAACUGGCUACUUGGAGAAAGCAGAGUGGAUUGUCAAAGAGAUGCAAUUCCAGGGUCCUACUCCUAGUUGUGCUACAUAUAAUAACCUAAUUAAUGGGUAUUGCCUUAUGAAUGAUUUGGACAGAGCUCUGGAGAUAUUCUCAACCAUGGCUAGCAAUGGUAUUACCCCAAAUAGAGUUUCUUGUAAUAUACUUGUUGAUGCACUUUGCAAGAAGGGUCUCAUUGGGGAAUCAAAGAAACUUCUAGAGAUGAUAUUAGGCGAUAAGCAUGAUGACCCAGAUUUAAUCACAUCAACUAUAAUCAUGGAUGGUUGCUUUAAACAUGGGGAUAGUAUUCAAGCUCUUGCCAUAUGGGAGACGUUAAGGAGAGUUCAGAUCGAUCAUAUUGCCUACAAUGUCAUCUUAAAUGGAUUCUGUUUGAGUCGGGACCCGAUCAUGAAAAUUCUAUCGUACCUGAACCUCUCAUUUGGAAUGUAAUCAUUCAUGGAUAUGGGAGAUAUGGAAAUGUAAGAAGAGCUGAAGAUAUUAGGAGCCAGAUGGUUGCAUCAAGUGUUAUACCUAAUGUAUAUACUUACAAUGCACUGAUCUAUGCAUAUAUAAACGUUGGAAAUUUCAUUGAAGCUCACUCUUUGAAAAAGAAGAUGCUUCUACACGGGAUUCUACCUGAUUCGGUCACUUUUAAUUUGUUGAUUGGUGCAGCAUGUAACUUUGGCGAUAUUGAUCUCGCACUCCGCCUGCAUGGCGAUAUGUUGAGAAUAGGCUGUGAACCAGAUACAAUUACUUAUACCGAGUUGCUUAGGUGUUGCUGUGUAUCACAUAAAAUGAGAGAGGCAAACUGGCUCUUUGGCAUGAUAAGGAGAUCUGGGAUAAAACUUGACCAUGUUCCAUUUUUAUUAUUGAUGAAAAGAUAUUGGGGAAUGAGGGAGCUUGACAAAGCAUUUGAGCUUUAUCAAGAAUGGUUAAUGACUAAGGAUAUUUGAUUGCUUCCACGACAAAAGAUUGUCGCUAUUUAGGUAGUGAUAGAAAUGUAAAGAGGCUGAGUUUCCAAGGCAAUGGAUGCUGCUGCUCGAUCUAGAUGUUCGUGGCACUCCUAAGACAAUUAAAAAUGGUGAUCUCCUUUAAAGACGAUUCAUGCGAUGUGGUAAUAAGAAGAAGCUAAGUGUAAUCAGCAACAAGGAGUAGCACGAGGAAAGCUCCUGAGACCAUUGUUGAUAUCUUGGAUUAGGGGUGGGUUCGGUUUAUGCGGUUCGGUUUUGACCUAAAACCAAAUGUAGAAUCAAACUAAAAACUUCGGUUCGGUUCGGUUUGUUCAUAUUUUUUGUCCAACCACGGUUGAUUCGGUUCGAUUUCGGUUUUUUCGGUUUUAAACCAAAAGACACAUACUUUCUGAAAAAAGAAAUGACGUGCAAUUGUGCAAAAUAACCAAAGUGCAGGAAAAU